AUGGCAUACCCUCAGCGCCCUGCUCAACGCCCACCUCCCAUGAGGCAGUACGACGCCAAUAGUCCAGUAUCACCUGUGUCGAGUCGCGGAUAUGCGCCCGAAUUUGCGUAUGGCGGUGAAUAUGGAGAAAGGUCCGGCACACCUGGAGGCUACGAACUGCGUCCCGGUGGUGACCGCAGCGCGGGAGGACAGGAUGAUCCAAGCUACAGUUACCAGGCUGGGCCCGCGGGGGCUCCGCCGCAUGGCUCGUCGCAACAACCACGAUCAAUGCGCCCGCCGCCUGGACCAGUCUCCCCAGACGCUCGACGACCUCCGAUGGGAUAUAACGACCGACGCGGCUAUCCUGGGGAUCGCCCCCCAGGGCCCCCAGGGACGAGCCGGUCUCGACCUCCCGGAGGUCGACCACCUCCCCCCGGAGGCAAUUUCGACAGUCCGUUUCCCGCUGUCCCUGGCGGCCGAGACCCACGAGACCGACGCGGGCCUCCUCCUCGAGGGGGAGGUGGUAUCGAGAAUGGUAUGGCCGCUAUGGAUCUCAACGGCCGAGGGAUUCCACCCAGGCCCCAUACCUCAAAUUCAAACGGACGACGACCUGAUAUGAGGCAGCCGCCACCAAGGGGUCCCCCUCCUCCUACAGCUCGGGGAGGAUACCCUCCAGGGCCAGCCCGCGCGGCUAGCUCCGGUCGAAGUGAUCGUACCAAUCGACCAUAUCCGGACCCCAUGGGGCCUUCAAUGGGUCCAAGUCCACCCAGCCGCAGUGCGACCAUGCCGUCCCAUAUGGUGGCUCCAAAUUAUCCUGGCCAGCCAUCUUACAGGGAACCGGAUUUCUCAGGAGCCCCGAUGAGUGAGAUGCCUCCACCACGACCCAACACGGCAGGUGGCAUGAGAGCUCCACGGCACCCGGAUUAUGAUAUGGAAUUUGGGCUCGGUGCUGGGGCUGGUGGCAGUCUAAUGCCCCCAAUUCCUCCUGAUCCAGGAAGUCGGGUCUCUUACGCCCCGAGAGAAUUCCUGGAUACCUACUACGAGCCUACUGAUGACGAACCCGAUAUGCCCAAUUUCGACGCCAUACCGAAUUCACGAGCUGGCCCCACAGAUGAGAUGGGCUUAGAGACCCCCAAAUUAGCACAAACCGGCCCUUCACCUUCUUCAGGCACAAAUUACUCUGGCUCGAGACAAAAUUCUAUUCCGAAUCAAUUUGAGAAUGCUGGUUUCCAGUUCGACAUACCCUCCGAUGGAUCUUCCAGGCCCAAUCACGAUAGGAAUAUGGGGCCCGGCCAAAACGGAUAUGGGCCGGAAUAUCCUCAAACCGGCCCAGUCCAUGGACCACCUCAAGGCUACCCUGCGCAACAGUCCCCGAUCUAUGAUGAAAAUCCAGACGCUCUGCCUCACCACCCUGUGCCUUUUCGUCCAGGUCAUGAUCAAUCGGCCAAGCCAGCGCCAGUGCGUCAAUACGGUUCUGCACCGGUUGCAAACCCCAUGCCCGGUCCAGGUCCAGGUCCAGGUCCAGCGACUGCUCCCGUCCCUGGAAAUAAUCCUAGCGCUGCCCCUGGCCCUGAUCAAGUGGCGCCUCAGACAGCCGCUGCCAAAAUUGAUGAAAAUGGGCCAAUCACACAUGACGAACUUCAGAAGUUGCAGAUGAAAGCACGAGGUAAUCCUGAAGAUCAAGGGCUCCAACUCCUGCUGGCGAAGAAAUUUGUUGAGGCAUCCACUGUCCUCGUGGCCGAAAACACUCACUUUGACCCCAAAAUGAAAGCCAAGGCUCAGGAGAAGUACAUCCUUGAUGCCCACAAGAUUGUUAAAAAACUGGCCUCGGCUGGUUUUGCUGAGGCACAGUUUUAUCUAGCAGACUGUUACGGUGAAGGCCGGCUAGGCUUACAGGUUGAUGCUAAGGAGGCGUUCUCCUUGUAUCUCUCUGCAGCCAAGGCGGGCCACGCACAAUCGGCUUAUCGAGUCGCUGUUUGUUGCGAGAUUGGUGCUGAAGAAGGAGGUGGUACUCGACGCGACCCGUUCAAGGCAGUACAAUGGUACAAGCGUGCCGCAGCCUUGGGCGAUACCCCUGCCAUGUACAAGAUCGGCAUGAUCAAUCUGAAGGGGUUGCUGGGACAGAAGAGUAAUCCGCGGGAGGGUGUCUCCUGGCUAAAGCGCGCCGCCGAGCGCGCGGACGAGGAGAAUCCUCACGCCCUUCAUGAAUUGGCGCUCAUGUACCAGAGUGCCAGUGGUAACGACAUUAUCGUCCGCGAUGAAGCAUACGCCUCUCAACUGUUCCAUCAGGCUGCCGAUCUGGGCUACAAGUUCUCGCAAUUCCGCCUUGGUGCGGUCUACGAGUAUGGUCUGUUGGGCUGUCCGGUAGAUAACCGCAUGAGCAUCAUAUGGUACACCCGUGCGGCUGCUCAGGGUGAGCACCAGAGUGAGCUCGCUCUUAGCGGUUGGUACCUGACUGGGUCGGAAGGCAUCUUGCAGCAGAACGACACGGAAGCGUAUCUUUGGGCAAGGAAGGCAGCGUCUGCUGGCCUUGCCAAAGCUGAAUACGCCAUGGGAUAUUACACUGAAGUUGGCAUCGGUGUCACGGCCAACCUGGAAGAUGCGAAGCGGUGGUACUGGCGUGCUGCUGCACAGGGCUUCCCCAAGGCCCGCGAGCGUCUAGAGGAUCUAAGAAGAGGAGGCGGUCGGUACCAGAAGACCCGCCUGUCUCGCUCCGCCGUCAGCAAGCAAAGUGAAGGGGACUGCGUCCUCAUGUAA